GCGCGACUGGGAGCGACGGGAGGUUGAAGAAACUUGAUUUAGAGGGACGCACCAAGGGUCUUAUUUUGGAACCCAUUAGUGUUCUAAUGCAAAGAGUGGAACAAGAUGCUUUCACAAAGGCUUUGCAAGCAAGUUCUGAAUUGCAGAAUGAUGCAAUCCUCCCUGAAACACAAGUGGUCAAUGAACAGCUUUGGGUGGAUAAAUAUGCUCCAAGUUCAUUUACAGAGCUUCUCAGUGAUGAACAGACAAAUCGUGAGGUCCUCUUGUGGUUGAAACAGUGGGAUUCCUGUGUUUUUGGAUCUGAAAUUAGGAGCACGACGGAGGAGGUCUUGUUUGCUUUGAGACGACAUUCUUCCAUUGCUCAACAUCAAAGGCCCUCUAGUAUGAGCUUUCUUAGGAAGAAUAAAGGACAGCGAUUGAGUGAUGGAAACUCCAGAUACUCUAAUAAUUUGGAUCAAGAAAAUGGGAAUUUGAAAGGCCUUCAGGAGUUGUGGAAUAAAAAGUCAGGGGUAUGGUCCUCCAGAACAAAAGACUCAAAUAUAUAUGUAAUAUGGAAGGCCUAAAGACAAAUUCCACGGCACUUGCUGCACUUGCAGAGUAUACUGAAUGUGACAUCCGUUCGUGCUUGAACACACUACAGUUUCUCAACAAGAAGAAUCAAGCCCUCAAUGUGUUUGAGAUCAGUUCCCAAGUGGUAGGUCAAAAGGACAUGUCUAGAAGCAUCUUUGAUAUCUGGAAAGAGAUUUUUCAGAACAGAAAAAUGAAGCGAGCAAAAAGAUCUGAUAAUUGCUACAGUGGUAUGUCCAAUGGAUUUGACUUUCUGUACCCUCUCAUAUCUAAUCGUGGUGACUAUGAUUUAAUUUUGGAGGGCAUCCAUGAAAAUAUUUUCCAGCUUCAUUAUCAUGACCCAAUAAUGCAGAAGACAGUCAAGUGCUUAAACACUCUUGGCAUUUCUGAUCUAGUGCACCAAUAUGUUAUGGGUACACAGCAGAUGUCCCUUAAUGUUUAUCAGCCUCUUACUGCAAUUAGUUUACAUCGUUUAAUAGCCCAAGUUCAAAAACCAAUUAUUGAAUGGCCGAAGUCUUUUAUGAGAUACCGAACGACAUUCAUGGAAAAGAGGGAUAUUUUGAGGUCUUGGCACAACAAAAUUGCACCAUAUAUUUCAAGGCAUUUGUCUAUUAAAUCUUUUGUAGAAGAUUCGGUUUCUCCAUUAUUGCAUAUUCUAUCACCACCAACUCUAAGACCGGUGGCAUUGCACUUACUAUCAGAAAGAGAAAGGAAUGACCUAGCUCAGUUAAUUAAUGCUAUGGUGUCCUAUUCAAUAACAUACAAGAACAUGAAAUCUGAUCCUCUACCUGGUACCCAGCUACAUGAAGCAGCUUCAGAUGGCUUGUCACUUUCCUUUGAUCCCCCAAUUGCUGACUUUGUCACCUUCAAGGGAUUUAGUUUGGGUCAUUAUGCUCUUGGUGUAGCUGUCAAACAGCUUUUGAUGCAUGAGAUAGAAAAGAAAAAAUUUUUGCAAGGAAGCAUGAGCAAAACUAUGCAUUCAACUGAUGGAAAACGCAGAGAGAACUGGGCAAUGACAACGGAGGAAAAGAGCCGAGCUCAAUCUGGCAAUGUUAGUCAUGCAGCUGGAUGUGCUGAGAACAACAUAGAAACAGCAAAGAGUAAGGCCAGUACUUCCAUCGUUUCGUCAGCCUCUGGUUCUAGUGGAAGUGCAGAAGCCAGUGUAAAACUAAAAUCUUCUAGAGAUGUGAAGAAGCCUCCUAGGGGCUCUACUUUCUUUGAUAGGUUCAAAAAGUUGAGCAGCAAAGGUUCUCAAACUACUAACCUCAUCCAAGAGCCAGUAACACUGGAGAGAGAUUCACGUCCUCUGCUAUUUAAGUUUAAGGAGGUAAAUAACUGUUCAUGGUCCUUCGAUUUAAUCAUUACCUUUAAGUAGUUAGGUUUUUAUUUU